AUGGCUUCCCCUACACUGAUCGACCACUCGCCCAGGAACCCCGACCUGUCUCCACCCAUACCAACCGCCUCCAAUGUCAUUCUCAUUGAUAACUACGACUCAUUCACCUGGAAUGUAUACCAGUACCUCGUAUUCGAAGGCGCUACGGUCACAGUUUACCGCAACGAUGAAAUCACCCUCGAUGAGUUGAUUGCGAAGAACCCCACUCAGUUGGUCAUCAGUCCGGGCCCAGGACACCCGGAGAGGGACGCUGGCAUUAGCAAUGCAGCCAUCAAGCAUUACAGUGGCAAGAUUCCCAUUCUGGGUGUUUGCAUGGGAGAACAGUGCAUCUUCUACAGCUACGGUGGCACGGUCGAUGUCACGGGACAAAUCCUACAUGGCAAGACUUCACCCCUCAAGCACGAUGGCAAAGGGGUAUUUGCAGGUGUCGCCCAGAAUGUCCCCGUUACAAGGUACCAUUCGCUCGCCGGUACCCACGGAUCACUUCCCGACUGUCUCGAAGUCACAGCCACCAUACCUGCAAAUCCCGAUGCCAAGGUCAGGGAAGUCAUCAUGGGCGUCCGCCACAAGGAGUACGUUGUGGAGGGUGUGCAGUUUCACCCAGAGAGCAUCCUGACCGAGGAUGGACGCACGAUGAUGCGCAACUUUUUGCGCAUGCAAGGUGGUACCUGGGCGGAGAAUGAGAGGAUAUUAAAGGAGACUGGAGCCCUAGCAGCAGCUAAUGGCAUGAACGGGGAUGCAAAGAAGGACAAGCAGACGUCGAUUCUAGAAAAAAUCUACGAACACCGCAGGGCAGCCGUUGCUGAACAAAAGAAGAUACCGUCACAGCGCUUCGAGGACCUCCAAGCCGCAUACGACCUCAACUUGGCACCUCCUCAGAUCGAUUUCCCCAAGCGUCUUAAGCAAUCGCCUUUCAAACUCUCACUGAUGGCCGAAAUAAAGCGCGCCUCUCCUUCCAAAGGCGUCAUCUCACUCAGCGCAUGCGCCCCCGCUCAAGCAAGAACCUACGCAAAAGCCGGCGCAAGUACGAUUUCCGUCCUUACCGAACCCGAAUGGUUCAAAGGCAGCAUUGAUGACCUGAAGGCUGUGCGUCAAAGCCUCUCAGGCAUGCCCAAUCGCCCCGCUAUCCUUCGCAAAGAGUUCAUCUUCGACGAAUACCAGAUCCUCGAAGCCCGUCUCGCGGGCGCAGACACCGUCCUGCUAAUUGUCAAGAUGCUAGAAGAGUCUGUUCUCCAGCGCCUAUUCGAUUACUCGCGUUCCCUCGGCAUGGAGCCCCUAGUUGAAGUGCAAAAUGCAGAUGAAACCGAAAUUGCAGUCAAACUCGGAGCACAAGUCAUUGGCGUUAACAACCGCAACUUGGUAAACUUCGAAGUCGACAUGGAGACUACCAACCGCCUCAUCAACAUGGUUCCCAAAGAGACCAUCCUCUGCGCUCUUAGCGGUAUCGCGGGUCCUACAGAUGUCGAGCCUUAUAUCCAGUCUGGCGUCGGCGCUGUACUCGUGGGCGAAGCCUUGAUGCGCGCCUCAAACACUGCAUCAUUCAUCGCUGAACUUCUCGGCGGUUCUUCCACACAAUCAUCAACCUCCAUAGACGCACCUACAGCGCCAAUGGUAAAAAUAUGUGGUACUCGAAGUGCAGAAGCUGCACGCACAGCCAUCGAAUCCGGCGCAGACUUCAUAGGGAUGAUUCUCGCUCCUGGUCUCAAACGCACAGUCUCCGCAUCCACCGCCCUCGCCAUCUCCGAAACCGUGCAUCGUACUAGGAAACCCGUCAUCUCCAAGUCAUCGCUGAUGGCAGACGUCAAGCACGGAAUCGAUUUCUUUGACCACGGUGCUUCAAGGCUGCUCAGUACGCAUGACCGCGCCCUCUUGGUAGGUGUAUUCCGCAACCAGAGUCUCGAAUACAUUCUUCAGCAACAACGCCUCCUUGACCUCGAUGUCGUCCAGUUGCAUGGCCAGGAGCCGAUCGAGUGGGCCAAUCUCAUUCCUGUUCCCGUGCUGCGCGCUUUCAACCCUGCGGAUCAUGGGAUCGGGGCCAGAGGGUUCCAUGCGCUUCCACUUUUGGACGCCGGAUCGGGCGGCAGUGGGACAAAGUUGGAUCUAGGCGAGGUCAAAAAGGUGCUGGCGCGGGACCAGGGACUCUUGAUUAUCUUGGCAGGUGGAUUGAAUCCAGAGAAUGUGGGCGCUGUGUUGGAGGAGAUGGGCGAGUUCAGAGGGAGGGUGGCGUGUGUAGAUGUGAGUAGUGGGGUUGAAGAGGAUGGCGAACAGAGUUUGGAGAAGAUUAGGGGGUUUGUCAAGGCUGUGAAGGGUUGA